CCUGGCGCGCGGAGGCGUCGCGCACGCGCGGGGAACAUGGCGGCGGCGGAGCCCUCGGUGGCCGCGCUGGCUGGCGGCGGUGUGGGCGCGGGGGCGCCGUCGGGCGGCGUGCCGGUGCUCUUCUGCUUCUCGGUGUUCGCUCGGCCCGCGUCGGUGCCCCACGGCGCGGGCUACGACGUGCUCAUCCAGAAGUUCCUGAGCCUGUACGGCGAUCAGCUCGACAUGCACCGCAAAUUCGUGGUGCAGCUCUUCGCCGAGGAGUGGGGCCAGUACGUGGACCUGCCCAAGGGCUUCGCGGUGAGCGAGCGCUGCAAGCUGCGCCUGGUGCCACUGCAGAUCCAGCUUACAACCCUGGGAAAUCUCACACCUCCGAGCACUGUGUUUUUCUGCUGUGACAUGCAGGAAAGGUUUCGUCCAGCCAUCAAGUACUUUGGAGACAUCAUUAGUGUGGGACAGAGACUGUUGCAAGGAGCUCGGAUAUUAGGGAUUCCAGUUAUCAUAACAGAACAAUACCCCAAGGGACUUGGCAGCACUGUUCAAGAAAUUGACUUAACAGGUGUAAAACUGGUUCUCCCGAAGACCAAGUUUUCUAUGGUGUUACCUGAAGUCGAAGCGGCGUUAGCUGAGAUUCCCGGUGUCCGGAGUGUUGUGUUAUUUGGAGUAGAAACACACGUAUGCAUCCAGCAAACUGCCCUGGAGCUGGUCGGCCGAGGCAUCGAGGUUCACAUCGUCGCUGACGCCACCUCUUCGAGAAGCAUGAUGGACAGGAUGUUUGCGCUUGAGCGUCUUGCCCGAACUGGGAUCAUCGUGACCACUAGUGAGGCUGUCCUCCUACAGCUGGUGGCUGACAAAGAUCACCCAAAGUUCAAGGAAAUCCAGAACCUAAUUAAGGCGAGUGCCCCGGAGUCUGGUCUGCUCUCCAAAGUAUAGAAGGAUCGGGAUGCUUCUUCCCUCCAGGCAACAGGACCGCAAGCCAGACAAGCCCUUGUCUCUACUAGAACUAACAUGUCAAGACAACAGCAGCUCCCUCUUUGCAGCUCUUAGUAACACUUAACUGGCUAGACCAUUGGGUACAAGUGUUUAGUUACAAUGUCAGGCUUCAGGUGCUGCUUAUCUUGUUUCCUAACAAGCUUUUAGUUAUUAAGACAAAUUACCAUGGAGGUGCCUGUCUCGUCUAUACUGUAUACUCUGACCGUAUCUUAUCUUUCCAAAGUGCACCCUCUGGUGAAGUUUUCUUAAAUUGUGCACUUUAAUGGGGAAAAAAAAACUACCUACCACAAUGAUUUGACUUUUAUUUUGUUGUAAAACAUCCGUUGUAAUGUCAGUGUAUACCCAGUGAUUUCGCUUCCCCGGCUGACUGGCCAGUGAUUGCUGGAUGAGAAUUGACAAACAGGACUCUGGAUAGUGUAUCUACUCCUCUCACAGUGUUGGAGUUGCUGACUGAGUGAGGUGCAUUGACUUAACCAGAGCAAAUUAUCUUAAAUAUUGUGUAUCUGCCAUGAUUGCGUUCAUUUUCUUAUUUCUGUUACCAUCUUUGUGGAUUUUCUUCCUAUGAAUAACAGUCUAUGUUAACAUUUUUCUUCCACUGAAUGUUUUACUUCCUCCUUGGUUAUUUUAAAUUUGUGAACAGAUGGGACUGGUUUGCAGUGCUGGGUCAUUGACAGAGGUAUGCCCUAACAUAAUGCCUUUAUAGUCUUUUUGAGUGCAUCUUUUACUAUACACAGGAGUUGGUAGAAAAAUAAACACUAGGUAAAAUGUAGUUUCAAAUGCUCAUUUGCCCCUUCAAACAUUGUUAUGGCUGACGUCAUCAACCGGACUCAUAGGGUUAAUACUGUGGUCAUCGUUAACCCGUCAAUAAACUUAUUUUCAUUUCA